GCGGCGGUGGGACGCUGGGAGCCGCCGAGGCCUGGCUAAGCCGCCCGCGGAGGGACGCUGCACUCGGAGCCAGUCAGCGGCGUCCCCCAACAGGACUCGGAGGCCGCUGAGACCCGGGUCGGUCAGCAACAGGGGCGACCCCCCCCCCCCGCCCUCCCCGGCCCUUCCACCCCUCCCUCCCCAGCCUAGGCCGCUGGCUGAGAUGUCCAGCUGCGGCGCUUGUACCUGCGGCGCGGCGGCCGCCCGGUUCAUCACCACCUCGAUCGCGUCCGCGCAGAGAGGUAUAUCUUGUGGUCGCAUUCCUGUACCAGUUUUGGGAAGAUUUGGGACCUUUGAAACCCAGAUUCUGCGCAGAGCUCCUCUUCGAACCUUUUCAGAAACACCAGCAUAUUUUGCCUCAAAAGAUGGGACAAGUAAAGAUGGCUCUGGAGAUGGAAAUAAGAAAUCAGUGAGUGAUGGAAGCAGUAAGAAAUCAGGCUCUGGGAAUUCUGGGAAAGGUGGAAACCAGCUGCGCUGUCCCAAAUGUGGCGACUUGUGUACACAUGUAGAGACCUUUGUUUCCUCUACUCGUUUUGUCAAAUGUGAAAAAUGCCACCACUUUUUUGUUGUGCUGUCCGAAGCAGACUCCAAGAAAAGCGUCAUUAAAGAGCCGGAAUCUGCAGCAGAAGCAGUGAAGUUGGCGUUCCAGCAGAAGCCGCCUCCCCCGCCCAAGAAGAUUUAUAACUACCUCGACAAGUAUGUUGUGGGCCAGUCAUUUGCUAAGAAAGUCCUUUCAGUUGCUGUGUAUAAUCAUUAUAAAAGAAUAUAUAAUAACAUCCCAGCCAAUCUGAGACAGCAAGCAGAGGUUGAGAAGCAGACGUCUUUAACACCCAGAGAGUUAGAAAUAAGACGACGAGAGGAUGAGUACAGAUUUACAAAAUUGCUUCAGAUUGCUGGAAUUAGCCCGCACGGGAAUGCUUUAGGAGCAUCAAUGCAGCAGCAGGUAAACCAGCAAAUACCUCAGGAAAAGCGAGGAGGUGAAGUAUUGGAUUCUGCUCAUGAUGACAUAAAACUUGAAAAAAGUAAUAUUUUGCUGCUUGGACCAACUGGGUCAGGUAAAACUCUGCUGGCACAAACUUUAGCUAAAUGCCUUGAUGUCCCUUUUGCUAUCUGUGACUGUACAACUUUGACUCAGGCUGGAUAUGUAGGUGAAGAUAUCGAAUCUGUGAUUGCCAAACUGCUCCAAGAUGCCAAUUACAAUGUAGAGAAAGCGCAACAAGGAAUUGUCUUUCUGGAUGAAGUAGAUAAGAUUGGCAGUGUGCCAGGCAUUCAUCAAUUACGGGAUGUAGGUGGAGAAGGCGUUCAGCAAGGUUUAUUAAAACUGCUAGAAGGCACAAUAGUCAAUGUUCCUGAAAAGAACUCACGAAAGCUACGUGGAGAAACAGUACAAGUUGACACAACAAAUAUUCUCUUUGUUGCAUCUGGUGCUUUCAAUGGCUUGGACAGAAUCAUCAGCAGGAGGAAAAAUGAAAAAUAUCUUGGAUUUGGAACGCCGUCUAAUCUGGGCAAAGGCAGAAGAGCUGCAGCUGCUGCGGAUUUAGCUAAUCUAAGUGGGGAAACAAAUACUCACCAAGACAUAGAAGAGAAGGACCGGUUAUUACGUCAUGUGGAAGCCAGAGAUCUCAUUGAAUUUGGCAUGAUUCCUGAGUUUGUGGGACGGUUACCUGUGGUGGUUCCAUUACACAGCCUGGAUGAGAAGACACUUGUCCAAAUACUAACUGAGCCACGUAAUGCUGUUAUUCCUCAGUACCAGGCCUUAUUCAGCAUGGACAAGUGUGAACUGAAUGUUACUGAGGAUGCUUUGAAAGCCAUAGCUAGAUUGGCACUAGAGCGAAAAACAGGUGCACGAGGUCUUCGGUCUAUAAUGGAAAAAUUGUUACUAGAACCAAUGUUUGAAGUUCCUAAUUCUGACAUUGUAUGUGUGGAGGUUGACAAAGAAGUAGUAGAAGGAAAGAAGGAGCCAGGCUAUGUACGGGCUCCAACAAAAGAAUCCUCUGAAGAGGAGUAUGACUCUGGAGUUGAAGAAGAAGGAUGGCCGCGCCAAGCGGAUGCUGCUAACAGCUAAACCAGCAGACAUGUUUCCUGUAUAUACAGCCUUUCCUUCUUUCGUUUAGGAUUACAACUGUUCCUGCAGUCUGGCAUUAAAGGCAUUGAAUCUAUCUUGGAUAACAUACAUGGUCAAGAAGUCUUUUAAGAUAAGAAUCAGAUCAUGUAUAGUAUUGUAACAUCACAUUGAUUUAUACAGAAGUCAUUAUGUGGACUUUGAUGACACAAUGUUUAGAGAUAAAAUGUACAUUAUUUUUGGUUGUUUUUUAAAAAUAUACCUUAACAAAAUUCUUAGGAGUUAAGCAAUGCAGGUGUUGCAGUAACUGUGGAUUUUACAAUAAUGUACUCUACAAAUGAGAAAAUAAAUUCUUUAAAGUUGAGCACCAGGAUAUCUUUUUCUACCCACAUUCAUUUUCUGAAAAUACAAGAAUUUUGUUCAUUUUACAAAUUGAACCAGGUAGUUUUUAAAUAGUUAAAAAUUUUGGGAGGAUCACUGAGUUUGAGGCAAGUCUGAGACUACAGUAAGUUCAAGGUCAGCCUGGGCUAGAGUAUGAGACCCUACCUUGAAAACAAUAAAUAAAAAUCAAAAAAAUUCAUAGAAAAUACCUUUGAAGAAGCCUAUUUUGAUGACUUGUUUUUAUUCUUAGUCUUUUAUGCUAAUGCAUGACACUUAACUUCCCAACUGGUACUAUAAAAACAAACAACUCCAUUCUCUUGCUGUUUUGUCUGAUUCAUUUGCUUUCUGUGAGUUCCAUGGAUGAGUGGAUGGACUUAAAGUCUGCUUUCAUUCUUCAUAGAAUAACUCUUCUUUCUUUAAGUAGCAUGUAGUACCAACCAUAGUGACAGCCAUGUACAGACUUAAAUAAUAAAAUCUCUUAAGAGUGUGA